UGCCAAAAUUUGAAAUACAUCAUUUCCAAUUCAGAAAAAAUGAGGAAAUUCCAAAAAUUCAUGUUCAUCUCAAAUGAAUCUAAAUUAUGCAGUGAAACUAAAGACCCACAAAUUCUCCCAAAAAUCGAUAUCGACAAGGAAAAAACAAUUAUGCUGCUUACUCGGAAACAUAUUCCUGCCGCAAAAAUCGAUAUCGAAAGGACUAGUUCAAUGAAAAAUAAAUUUGAAAUUGAAAUUUGUAAACAUGAUGGCACGAGAUGUAUGAAAACUUUACGGAAGAAAUCACAAGAUAAACUCAUUUUGUACAAACAUCCGAAUACGUUCGAUACUUUUACUUAUUUGACUAGAAUUCAUCACAGUUUCGCCAUCAAUAGUAUGGACCAUAUGUUGCGAACAGAUUGGGGGCAAUUUAUGACGAAAAGAACGGCAGGUAACUCACUUAAACUUUGGUCGGAUAAUUCACGAGAUUUGUUGGUAGACCAUCCCUCUCUGAUCACAUACCAAAAUGGACAGGUCAGCUCGGAAGAUAUCAUAAACAAGGACAUUUCGAAAUUACCUUUAGACUGUAUAUCUUUCAACAUAGAAAGUUUAAAUGGAAUUGGACAUCAUUCGGAUAAUUUACGAACAAAUACAUCAAAAUUUUCGUUAUGUUUGAAAGAAAUUUCGGAUGAAAAUGAAGACAAGGAUGCCACACCAAGAAAAGAUGUAAUCUUCGGGAUAUCAAAAAAUUUUAAGAGUUGCACAGCAGUAAUUGAGAAGAAGAAAUUUUCUUAUAAACCCUCUCCAAAGAAGAACGAAACCAAGGUGUUAGUCCUGAGUCAUCAAAAUUUUGUGAAAUUUAAAAAGACUUUUACAAGACUUUUAGCCAAGAACAAGUUAAAAACCGUCGAACCUCUACUUCAAAAUUUGAAAAAUCCUGAUCAAAUAAUGACGAAAUUGGAAAGAGCUCUCGUCAACCACAAUUUACGAAUGAAAAACAAUGAUGAUGAUAUAAUAAAAAAAAAUAUUAUAAUGUUAUCUUCGGAACUCAUCGAAAACAUACAAUUAGAUCUCAAUAAGGAAAACGACGACACACAUAAAAGGAGAAAUAAUCCGAUAUUGAACAUAAAAAAUCUUAAUUCGAGAAUUUCUGAUGGGAAUUCUGGAAUAACUAAAAAGGUGGAUAACAUAUUGAUAGUGAACGAUGAGAUCUUCAAGAACCAAACUGCUGAUGAGUGGGAUAAAAGUAGAUCUGAUCUUACGGAGGAAAACAAAUGUAAAGUAAUAUAUUUAAAUCACGCAGUUUUUAAGGAUUUGAAAAAAGAUGUAAUAUACCAAAUAUUGAAUAGAAAAUAUUCAAGUUUCAGUAAUCAAGCGAUUGAAAAUUCGCCGAAGAAUUCAGUUGAAAAGAACUGUUCAACAUAUCGAGAUAUACCAAUUGAUCACCUGAUUGCUGCAGUAGCUGAAACAAAACGUUCAGAAUAUGUCCAGAGGUCGAAAUUGAGUUGGCAAGUAUUUAAAAAAUUGGAAGAAAUCUUGAGGAAAGCAGAAAUAUUAGACUUUAAAUCUCCUCGAAAUGAAUCGGAUCAAAACUACGAUAAAGACAUAAAGCAGAAAGUUGAAAAGUCAGUAUUGGAUCAUAAACCAACUUCAUAUAAUCUGCAUAAAUGUGAAAAAUCAAAGCGAAAAAAAAAAGUGAAAUCCAUUCAGGAGUGUGGAAGUAAUGAGCUUAAUGAUCGAAGUGAUGGGAUUUAUGAGCGUAUAGAAGUUAUUCACAAUGCAAAACGCAAUAUAGGAAGACCAAAAUCUGAAAAUAUAAUCGAACGGAAAAUACGAGAAGAUACACCGAACUCGAAGACAAAUGGAAGUAAAAAAGAAGGAAAACUAUUUGAAAUUAAAGCAAAAAAUGAUAUAAAAUUGAAGAACAAGAGCAUAAUUGAAAUGGAAAUACCAAAAAAAAAAAAGAAGAAACAAGACGAAAUCAUCUCAAGAAUCCACAGUGCACAAAUGAAAAAUACUUCUUCGAAAAAAAAAUUUUCUCUUGCUGAUUCCAAAGAGGAAUUUAGAAGUUCGAAAAAACUUGAUAAUUUAUCGUUCAGCGAAAAAAAAAAUUCACAAACAAAAUGUUUGGUUAAGAAUAAUAAAAAAUCUUCUUCAUCCAGUUCGUACAAAGAACUUAUCGCAGAUUCAAUAGAAAAGACCAAAAAAAAAAUCAAGAAACUUUCAUAUCCCGUUGAUAAGCACUCGAACAAAAGAAAAGAUUCCAACUCGAAGGAUCUAGCGGAUGAAACAGAAACUAAAUUGGUAGUUGAAGAAUUACUUGCGAGAUCAAGUCCUCCGAAAACUCCGAAACAGCAUUUGGUUAAAAAUCGGUCUAAAAUACCCAUACUAGGAACGCCAACGACGAUCAAAAAUUAUAUCGAGAAGGUUGCCACAAUAGCUCUCGCAUCAAAAGAUAUUCAGGAGAAACUGAAAAUGAAAAAAUCUCCAGAAGCCAAAAAAUUGGAAAUGGAAAACGCGAAGAACAAAAAGAAAGAAAGGGUGGAAAGAAUUGAAUCAAACGUGAAAUCUUCGAAAAUUGAUGAACAAAUCAAAUCAAAUUUUGAAAAUUUCGAAAAAAAUAAAAAGGGAAAUUCUAAAAGCCGACGACAUAUUGAAUUGAGGAACAAUGAAAGAGGAAAUGAAAUAUUACAAAUUGAUGAAAUUCUUGCAUUGAAUUCAAGCUCAAUUCUGAAUAAGGAGAAUGAAAAUUUAACGACCAACAACGAAUUAAGGAAGAAGAAAAAAACAUCAGAGGAGAUAGGACCAAAAGAACAAAAUCCGCAAUUGAUAAAAAUUUCUGACGAUGCUGAAACUACUAAUGUGGAAAACGAACAUUUAUUUCAAAAUGAAAAUAUAUCUGAAGAAAAUAAUUCGACACCACCGCAAAAUCUCUGCAGUGGAAGUGACGGAGCGAAAAUGGAAAUAGAGAAAAACAAGUUAUCCGAUGAAAAUUUUCACAAAAAUACUGGAGAUGAAUAUGAAAUAUCUUCGCAGAUGGAUUUAUCAGAAACAAGAAAGCAAGAAAAUGAUGCCAAUGAUGAACUGAAUCAAAGUAGAACAAUUGAAAAGAACAAAAGUAAUUUGAAAUAUACUGUUGGGUUUGAACUGGAAAAAAUUGCGAUGGAAGGUCUAACUCAACAGGAACAUAAAAAAACUAUUCCUAUGUUUAUACAUAAUGAAGGAAGAGAUCAAAGCAGAGACGAAUCUGAUGAAAAAUUAAAAAUUGUGACAAUGAAACAAAAGAAUAAUGUCAUUUCAAUGAAAAACAUAGAACAUUUCAUUAGAGGUACAUUUGAUCAUGAUGAAACCGAAACUUUUCAAGUCGAAGACAAGAUCAGUUUGAGAAAAGAUAUGAAAGAACGAAAAUACUUUGCUAAUAUUUUGAAUGAUGUCUAUCAGGACAAUUGUACAGAACAAAGAAAAAUAAACGAACCACACAGCGAAAUAAAUGAACAUAAUAAAAUAAACGAACAAGGAAACUCUGAAUCACAAAAGAAUACAUUAACUGACAUUGAAAUCAUCAGAAGAAAACGACUUGUAUAUUUCGAAGACUUCAUGAAAAACAGAUCCUUACUGAAACCUCCAGAAGAAAACAAAUUAUUUAAUUUUCAAGAUAAUAUGAAUCCUAAUGAGACAGCUAACAUGGAAAACUCUAUACCAGAUCAUGGAAUUCAAUCUAUCAUAGAAAGAAUCGACAAAGAUAUAGAUACAAAAAUUCAGUGUGAAAAUGAAAACAUUGACCUGAAAACUGGAAGUAAGCUUUGCGAAACAGAGACAACUGGAAACCACAAAAUUUUAGAUAAAUCAGAAGAUGACAAUGUCAUUGUUAUAAAAGCAGCUAGAAGUGCUUCGAAAGAAAAGUUUGGCAGCUUCCAAGAUAUCACAAAAUCCUUUUUGAAACAAGUACAAAGCAAUUUAAACUUCAUUAUGGAAUAUCCAAAGAAAUAUAAAGAAAUCAGUGUGAAACUGAAAAGAUCCCAAGAUGAAUUCGAGCGUAACGUAUCUACUCUCAUGCAGGCAAUAUGUCAAGAAGCCGAAAAACUGAAGAAAAAACACUCUAAAUUUGAAAUCAUUACCAAGAAAUCAAGAGAGUUACUCAAUAAAUUCACCAACACAAGCUCAAAAAAACGGCCAACCUUCAAACCUAACCAAAAGUUCAAAAUGAACAUAGUGCAAAAGCUGAACUCUAAAAUGAAAUUAUUCAAAGAAUCAACAAUCGACAAAUUAAAUCCACAAAUGUAUUCUAGCAACACCAAGCGGAAGAGUAUGAAAAAAAAAGGAAACUGCAAUUUUAAGGGAAAAAGAAUAGAAGAACAAACAUCACCUUGCCUUUCGAUUUCAAACAUUCAAACUAGAUCAAUCGGUUCUCUGUUCGCUGAUUUAGUUGCUUCUGCUCUUACCAAGUGUGGAGAUUCAAUUAUAAGUAAAUAUUCUGACUCUAUCGAUAAGUUACCUUCAAAAACUAUGAAUCGAAACAUAGAUACAAUGACAAAUCUAGAAGAAUCCGAGAUAUUCAUAAGAAAUGAUCAAAAAAUAUGUAUUCAGAAAGAUGUUCAGUUCUUGAGCGAUAAUGAAAUUAAACAAGUAGUAUAUGAUAGUUCUCUAGAGAGAAAUGACUCUAACUCUAUCUUCAACGAAAACUGUGAGGGUUAUGGCAAUUUACAGAGUCGGUGCGAAAAAUCUAUGCAAACUCAAAAAACAUCACCUAUUUCCUACGAAUCGCCUGAUGAACAAGAAUUUCUUGAAGAGAAGGAAUCUCAAAUAUCAGAAAAUAUUGCAAUCAAACAAGAUCGAAAAAAAUCAAAAAUAUAUUCACAGAAAAGAAUGAUAGGAGAUACUUUCCAAAAUAUCGAUCAAUUCAGCACUGUGUUAAAAAAUAAUGGCAUGGAAUGUCUCAAAAGUUAUAAGGAUAUUUAUCUGGAUGAUCCAAAUAAAUAUGACGUGGAUUCUAACAUUGCGAUGAAAACAGCAGAAAGUUUCAUUUCAAAUCUUGUAAGUGAUAAAAGUAAUCCCUUAUCUGAAGGUAAGACGUCUUUGACGGAAAAACUAAGCAAUAUCAGAACGAAUAACGAAUUUCAAACAGAAGGGAGUUGCGAACAAAAUAAACAUACAGAACAGAAAUAUAUCUCAAUCUUAGAAUCCGAAAAAACUAUUUUUUCUUUGUACAAUACUUCUAUUGAUUCGAAAAACAGCGAAAAAGUUCAAAAAGCUCCCAGAUCGUUUCAAGAGGUAUGUUCCGAUGAUAGUUCCGGAAACAAUUUCAACAUUAAAAAAAUAUGCUCCUCCAACAAUUCUAAUAGCUUGAACCUUUCAGAAUUUAAACCUUCCGGAAAAUUUAAAUCUUUGGAGAUAUCCGACCAGAAUCCGGACAUAGGAUGUGAAAUCUCAAAUGGGAUGUACGAAACACAAGAAAAUCAAACGAGAAAAGACGAAAUCGAACUCGCUUGCAAGUUAAGCGAUCAUCCAAACUCUCUUGUUUGCCGAGAAAAGAAGCAGGACGAAGUGAGAUCAGUCUUGAGAAGGUGUGUGUCUUUAGAUAAAACAGCACAAAAAGUUCUCCAGAAUAGUUAUAAGUUUGAAAACAUAACAGAAAUUUUCUUGGAUCUCGAACAUAUGGGAAAGAGUAUCUUCAAAUCUAUUUUUCCCAAAAACGAAAUACUCAGCAAUAAAUGUAUAGAUCACAGAAUCCCGAAGGAUUCUAGGAAACAGUUUAUCAAUGAAAAUUCGUGUAACAGUUGCACGAGUUCCAGAGAAAAGAAGCACAUGGAAUUAUUAAUGGAUAUUCGGAAUAAAGCUCUAGAAAAUGAAGAGUUUUUCGACGCCGAGAACAAUGAUUAUGAGGUCUUAUACAAUGAUGAUUCUGCCAAUAAUAAAGAAAUUAGGAAAAAUCGAACAGCGUUUAUUUACGAAGAUAUAAUCAAAAGUAGCGAAUUCAAUGAAGAUAGAAAAGAAGGUCUUUCAGUAGAUCCUGAGGAAAAUCCAUCUAAUAGAAAAAGAGAUUCAUACAAUAAUAAUGAAAAUUCAAUAGGACGUAAGUCUGUAAUAAUAAUCAACGACAUAGGAGCUACUUCUCAGAUUCUAAUUCGAAAAGAUUCAUUCAUUUUGGCUUCCGAAAAUAUAUUGGAAGAUAAAGACAGAACAAUCUCUCUAGAUAAUUAUACUGAAAAAAUUGUAUUCGAAGUUGAUACGGAGCAAAAUUCUACAGAACAUAAUUCAAAAUCGAACCUAAAGCAUAAUGAUGUAGAAAAUGAGUUAUUGUCAUUUGAAAUCGAAGAAGGAUCGAAGUUAUCAAGAAAUCUAACCAAUAAUAAUGAAGAAAGUGAAACCAUGACAGCUCAGAGCGAGAAACCAGAAUUUAGUCUCGAAAAAAGAAAUUUAAUUGAAACGUCGGAAUUGAGAAAUGAAAAAAAUAAUAUCGAAGAAUCGAACAAAACUAAAAAGCAUAAAAUCUUAGAAAAAUUUGCAAGAAUUAAAAAACAACAAGAUGAAUCAGUCUUUGAAAUCACUGACGCAGUCCAAUUCGAUAGAACGAAAAAACAAAUUUUUCAAUCUAAGAAGGUAUCUCAAAGAUUGAGAAAAAAUAUUUUAUCAGAAAGAAAGCAAGAAAGAGACGAAAAGAUCAUAAACAUUGGCAAACAUUCACUUCCUUCGAAGGAGGUUUGUUCACCGUUAGAUACUAAAAAUAGUGACACCGAUUUCAAAAAUUUACUUCUGCAGAACCCAAAGAAACUGAUAGAAAUAGCAUCAAGUAUCAUGAGCAAAAGUCAAUAUUUAAGUUUUCUUUUGGACGUAAAAUCGACUAAGGAUUUAAAAUCCCACUGGAUCGAUAAAAUCAAGAAAGCAAUUUCGCCAACAGAAUCAAUGAAGAAAUUGGACAAUGUUGGAAAAGAAAAUGAUGGAAAAAUUUAUAUGAAAAAUCGGAAAAAUAAAAUGUUAUCUGAAAGAGCAAUCUCGCCAACGAAAACACAGUUCUCAGCUUCAAAGAAGUCUAACUUAGGAGAAGAUAAAAAAAAUUUUCACUUGGAUAUAGACAACUUCAGAGCAAUAGAAUCUCAAAUGAAUUCGGGGUUUCAUUAUGAAGGAAAUCAGAAGGAAAGUAUCAGUAGUCGAAAUUCAAAUAUUGAAAAUGAAUAUUCUUGGAAUUAUUCGGAAAAUGAUCCUCUUCCAUAUUCCUUGAUGAGAUAUCUAGAUAUUCCUCUUCAGGAGACCCAUGUUGAGAAAACAGAAAAGUAUGAAUCAUUCGAUCAACUGAUUACCAGUGGAGAUGUAAGUAGGAAAGAAAUAGAAAAAGUAAGAAAUGAAAAAAGGAAUAAAGAUGAGUGUAUUAACAGUUCUAUCGAUUUACCCAGAAAAGAGUCCAUAAAGAUGUCUGAUAAAAUAUUUGAAAAGCCCGUUAGUUUAAUGGAAGAUAAAUCAGAAAUAACCGUUAUUGAAAAUAUUUCAGACAGGCUAUCAAACUGUAGCGGCCCAGUGUCAUCGAUUCGUAGCGAAGAAGUGUUUCAUUCCAAUUCCCCAAUAUACACACAGAGUGUUCGCAGAACACUGCAGGAAUGUCCCACAGAAUCUCAAAACACCAAAUUGGAUAAAAAAAAAUUCAAUGAGCCACUGAAAAAAAACGUAGAGAAUCACGAAAAUGCAUAUCCAUCAAUUGUGACAAAGAAUCUUCCGACCAUAGAAAACACUGACAUUUCAUGUAAUUGUCUUAAUGAUGAAAGAAAAAUUCGAGUUGUGAGUACCAAAUCCCUAUCCGAAGUAUUGGAGGAGGACCCCGAUCUUCUCAAAAAAUUGAGGCAUAAAAAAAUGAUGAUUAAACAGCCCACAGUAGGAGAACCCUCUAAAAAAUUCGAGUAUAGAUUUCAUGAUUUCAGAAAAACGGAAGAUCGAUGUGAACAGUUGAAAACAAAAAGACAACAAGAGCACAAAAAGGUUCUUUUAGAUAAAUUCAAAUGUUUGAUACAAGCAAGAAAAGUGGCAACAGAAAGGAAUAGACAAAAACUUCGACUUGAAAACCAACAAUUAAAACCAAAAGUCCUGGAGAAAAUAAACUACUUUCAAGAAUUAGAAAUUAGUCCAAACUCUGAUAUAAAAACGGAAACAGUAGAAGAAGAUAACAGUUCAGUUCCUAUCAAGAAGAAAAAGGUUUUAUACAAGAAAAGAAAAAGGAUAAACGAAGACGAGUUGGUGACAUUGGUUCAAAAUCAUCCAUCAGUUCCAGUGAAGGUAAUAGCGACUGAAAUUGUUGAAAAAUGUGACACGGAAAAGCAAAAUGUAAUUCACAUUCCAUGGAUGCCUACUUGUGGAGUCGAUGCUAAGAAUUAAUUGGAUAUUGAAGAAGUGCGUUAAAGUUUUCGAUUAAUAACUAGAAUUUUUAGUGAAAAUUGAAAUAAAAUAUGUGUUGUUUACGUUUUCGGUUUAUGAUUUGUAAUAAACAUGCUGUCAUUCACA